UGUGGCCGGCCAACUGUCAAAUCUGUCAUAGUGUAAAAAAGUUCGCACUUCGUCGUACAACGCGGAUUUAUUUUUGUGCGACUUAAUUUCUCAAUAAACAUUAGCAAAAUGAAGAAAAAACCUUUGUCGAAUCUUUCCAAAGAGGAGCGGAUGGUGAUUGUGACAUCCGAGCUCAUACAAGAGCUGCUGGUGGCCCAUCGCCAGGGCAGAGAUGUUAACCUCAACAAAAUGAAGACUAGGAUUUCAGCUAAAUACGGAUUGGAUUGUUCUCCGAGGCUGGUUGAUAUCAUAGCUGCGGUACCUGCUGACGCUAAGAGCAUUCUUUUACCCAAAUUGAAAGCAAAACCUAUACGUACAGCGUCAGGUAUUGCCGUGGUUGCUGUUAUGUGUAAGCCACACAGAUGUCCGCACAUAAACUUUACGGGGAACAUUUGUGUGUAUUGUCCCGGCGGUCCUGAUUCUGACUUCGAGUACUCGACUCAGAGCUACACUGGGUACGAGCCGACGUCUAUGAGAGCUAUACGAGCGCGGUACAAUCCUUACUUGCAAACUCGGCAUAGAGUGGAGCAGCUAAAGCAAUUGGGCCACAGCGUGGAUAAAGUAGAGUUUAUUGUGAUGGGAGGCACUUUUAUGAGUCUGCCUGAGGAUUAUAGGGACUAUUUUAUAAGGAAUCUCCAUGAUGCUCUAUCAGGCCACACAUCCAGCAGUGUGGCAGAGGCGGUGAAAUACUCGGAAAGAGCGAAGACCAAAUGCAUCGGCAUCACAAUCGAAACCAGACCUGAUUAUUGUCUGCAGAGGCACAUGAGUGACAUGUUGAACUAUGGGUGCACUAGGCUUGAAAUUGGUGUGCAAUCAGUGUAUGAAGAUAUAGCCAGAGAUACUAACAGAGGACACACUGUUAAAGCCGUUUGUGAGAAUUUUAAUUUAGCUAAGGACGCAGGAUAUAAGAUUGUAGCACACAUGAUGCCAGAUCUUCCCAAUGUUGACUUUGAAAGAGACGUAGAACAAUUCAUUGAGUUCUUUGAAAACCCAGCGUUCAGAGCUGACGGUCUGAAGAUAUACCCCACUUUAGUAAUCAGAGGCACAGGCUUGUAUGAAUUGUGGAAGACGGGAAGGUACAAAAGUUACCCGCCUUCUACAUUGGUAGAUCUGAUCGCAAAGAUAUUGGCUUUGGUGCCCCCGUGGACUCGAGUCUACAGGGUCCAACGUGACAUUCCCAUGCCCCUCGUCUCCUCCGGAGUAGACCAUGGCAACUUGCGAGAGCUGGCUUUAGCACGCAUGGCUGACUUAGGUACAGACUGUCGAGAUGUGAGGACUAGGGAGGUCGGCAUUCAGGAGAUACAUAACAAAGUCAGGCCGUAUGAGGUGGAAUUAAUCAGGCGCGACUACACAGCUAACGGUGGUUGGGAGACUUUCCUAUCAUACGAAGAUCCCGACCAAGAUAUCUUAGUCGGUCUUCUGCGCCUACGCAAAUGCGCCAAGGACACAUACCGUCCCGAAUUGAAGCCCGGACCGGAUUCUAACUUUAAACAGUGCAGCGUUGUGAGAGAACUGCACGUUUACGGUUCUGUGGUUCCUGUAAACGCCCGAGACCCCACUAAGUUCCAACACCAAGGUUUCGGAAUGUUGCUAAUGGAGGAAGCCGAGAGAAUAGCGCGCGAAGAACACGGCUCAGACAAGAUGGCCGUCAUAUCUGGCGUCGGCACUAGGAAUUACUACGCGAAGAUUGGAUAUCACUUGGAGGGACCGUAUAUGGUCAAGAUGUUGUGAAUUGAUGUGAAGAAUUCAAGAAAAUGAAAUAAUUGGGUAGUUUAUGUUGUUAACCAGUGAUUACAAUAUUAAAAACGAUUUACUUAACAUUAUGAAGAAAUGGAUUGAUAUUCCAAUAAUGAUUUGA